GACGGCCGGGUACCUCCUCGCUUCGGGAUGAAUUAGCGGCGGGUUCUGCCCCGAGGUUUGACCCCUCAGGAAUCUCCUGCCUGUCCACGUGCCCCCUGCGGCGUGGCACGGCAUUCCCUGCCAGUCACAGGCGCUGUGGUUCCUGGCUCCCAAGGAGGUGGGGCGCAGUGGUUCCUGUCUAGCCUCUGCUUCUGAAAAACCAAGUUGGGACUCCCAGAAGCUGGCAACAAAAGGAUGAAAUUAUUUGUACAUUUCAGAGAAAAAUAAGCUAUGAUGCUUCUGAACCUAUGAACUAUUAGCAAGGCAGAUUCUACCUUCCAAACAUUUUCUAAAAGCAGGACUGUAAAAGCUUGGGAAUACCAAUUUGGAGCUGCCUGAACCUGUCUCCUGGAUUGCAAUUCCAAAACUCCAGCCUCCUGAGUAACUGGGAUUACAGGAGUAUACCACCGCACCUGGCCAGGGAAGACCUUUCUGAGAAAGUGACUUUUGGGCCAAGACCUAAACCAGAAUCAUGGUGUCAUGGAAAGGGAUUUACUUUAUACUCCUUCUGUUUUGGGGAAGUUUUUUUGGAAGCAUUUUCAUGCUGGGUCCCUUUUUACCCUUGAUGUUUGUAAACCCAUCCUGGUAUCGCUGGAUCAACAACCGCCUUGUGGCCACCUGGCUCACGCUACCUGUGGCAUUGUUGGAGACCAUGUUUGGUGUAAAAGUGGUUAUAACAGGUGAUGCAUUUGUACCUGGAGAAAGAAGUGUUAUUAUCAUGAACCACCGGACGAGAAUGGACUGGAUGUUCCUGUGGAAUUGUUUGAUUAGAUACAGCUACCUCCGAUUGGAGAAAAUUUGUCUCAAAGCCAGUCUCAAAAGUGUUCCUGGAUUUGGUUGGGCCAUGCAGGCUGCUGCCUAUAUCUUUAUUCAUAGGAAGUGGAAAGAUGACAAGAACCAUUUUGAAGACAUGAUUGAUUAUUUUUGUGAUAUCCAUGAACCACUUCAGCUCCUCAUAUUCCCAGAAGGGACUGAUCUCACAGAAAACAGCAAAGCUCGAAGUAAUGAUUUUGCUGAAAAAAAUGGACUUCAGAAAUAUGAAUAUGUCUUACAUCCCAGAACUACCGGCUUUACUUUUGUGGUAGAGCGUCUAAGAGAAGGUAAGAACCUCGAUGCUGUUCAUGACAUUACUGUGGCAUAUCCCCACAACAUUCCUCAAACAGAGAAGCACCUCCUCCAUGGCAACUUCCCCAAGGAAAUCCACUUCCAUGUCCAUCGAUAUCCAGUAGACACCCUCCCCAUGUCCAGGGAGGACCUGCAGCUCUGGUGCCACAAGCGGUGGGAGGAGAAGGAAGAGAGGCUGCGUUCCUUCUACCAGGGGGAGAAGAAUUUCAAUUUUACUGAACAGCUUGUAAUUCCACCUUGCAAGUCUGAGCUCAGGGUUCUUGUGGUCAAGUUGCUGUCUAUACUGUACUGGACCCUUUUCAGCCCUGCAAUGUGCCUGCUCAUAUAUUUGUACAGCCCUGUUCGGUGGUAUUUUAUAGUCACCAUUGUAAUCUUUGUGCUGCAAGAGAGAAUAUUUGGCGGACUAGAAAUCAUUGAACUUGCAUGUUACCGUCUUUUUCACAAGCAGGCACAUUUAAACUUAAAGAAAAAUGAAUAAGAUGGUCAGGCUCACAAUGUAAAAACCUAAAGGGAUAUUUUGGAAAUGUCUAAGCCUUUGUAAACUGAGAUGCAUUUUGCAUGAUUGUCAGAUAUUUCUUACUAUCAUCAUUAUUUGUUAAAAGAUAUUUUGCACUUAAUUUUGUGGGAAAAUAUUGCUACAAUUUUUUUUAAAUCUCUGAAUGUAAUCUUGAUGCUGCGAAUGUAGCAGGGAUCAAUUGCUGUGACAUAACUUGGGCCAUAUUUUUAUUAAACAGUCAUCAGGCUAUUGAUAGACAAGGUAUAUACAAGUUCUCUGAAAGGCCCAAUCUUCUAACCCAACAGACUCACCAGACCAGAAGCAGGUGUGGAACUCAUGAGUAGUGUGGCCCGACAGGCACUGGUACUUGACUGCCCAGCUCACCCCCGGAAGUGAGCACUCUUCCUCCAUGCAGCUAUGCACGUGGUGCCCGGGCUCGCUCCCUGGGCCCCGUCUGCAUUUUUUGUAUGCCAAUCAAACCCAUCCCAUCCUCCCUUAAGAUCAGAAAACAUACCUCCCUUAUCCCCAAGAUGAUCAGCAUAGGAAUCUUCUCAUUCCACAUAGUAUCUUGGGCUAACCAAGCGAUCAAAAGACCACCUGUGCCCUUUCUUCACAUGGAAAAAUCACACCUGCACAUGACUCAGGGAGCAACACAGAUUCUCCACUUGGAAACCUUAGUUUGAAUUUUAAAAGCUAGGAAUUAGCUUCAGUUCUUGACUCAUCCUCAAUCUUGCAUGCUUAGUGCUGGUUUCCUUACAACUUGGCAGGUGUAGCUUUUUCUGUUAAAAGGGGUAGGCAUGCAGCCACAUGCUGUCUUGGAGGCAUGCUGAGAGGAACAUCCUGUUAUUGUAGACAGAAACUUUCUUGUGAAAUAUUUUUUAAAACCUACCAAAAAAGGAAGGUUAUUGUUUUCUACAUGUGCAUGGGUAUCUAGCUUCUGCCAUUAAAACAACCACAAAAAUACAGACAUGGCAAUAAUGGUUUAUCCUAAAUUAUUCAAGCCUGGUAGCUUUGAUAAAUUUUAUACAAGGAUAACACAAAUGAAUCCUUUUCAAUGAUAGCAGGGAAAUGUCUCUCUUUUUAGUCCCAGAUUUACUCUUUCAAUAGUAAUAUUUAAACUCACUUUUGAUCCACUGUUCGUCUAAAUAUUUCUGACACUUGGAGUCAGAGGAAAAUCUAGCAAACCCAAAGCACUGUCUUCUUCUGAGGCAAAAGGAGCAUGUCAUCAUAGGUUCCAGCCCAUUGGAGCUCUGUCCUUUUUUUUUUUUUUUUUUUUUUUUUUUUUUUUUUUUUUUUUUUUUUUUUGCCUGGUAAUAGGGAUAAUGGUCGAGCUGCAAAAAUAUGAGCCUAUUAAAAGUCUUUAGCUGUUGGCCAGUCUGUGAGCUCUACUGCUCAGGGAGCCAGCUUCCAGAGCUACUUAUUGCUUUAUGUACUUUUGGGGCAUGAAUGCCUUCUCUUUAGUGACAUCUCAUUUUUGCUUGACAGUGACUUCUACCCAGCAGUUCAGUCAUCCAUUGCCAUGAAAGGUAAGCACAUCAUGAGCUGAACUUACUGAACAGAUUCUAUGAGAAAGCACUGGUUGAGGCAGAACACUGUGGACAUAUCGUAUUUAUUGAGACAGUAUUAACUAGUGCUCACCGAAACCACCAACCCACCCUUAACUGUUUCUUCAAAGCUGCUAUUGAGCUAAGCUGGCCUGAAAUCUCAUCUGCUCCAGAGGCUGAGAUAGGAGGAUGACAUAAGUUCAAGGCUAGCCUGGGCAACUUCGCAAGGCCAUGUCUCAAAAUAUAAAAGGGCUGGGAGUGUGACACAGUGAUAGAGCACCCUAGCUUCAGUCCCAUGGAGGGGUCAGCUGUUGAUCCUUUAGGGAGCUUACUAAUUAGUUAUUAUGACAUAUUCCAGCCCAGCCAUUUACCUUUGUGCGGUUUAAGGGGUUUUUUUUGUUUGUUUGUUUUUUAAACAAAAAACAACUUUUUUCCCUUUCCUUAAUGAGAGAAGUCUCUAAGUUUCUCCAAGACUUCUUUGGGUCAUAUUUAAAUACAGAAAUAGUUUAAUAAUCAGGAUUGCAUUUGUCCUGGGUUAAAAAUGAUAAGCUGUGUUAUCUACCCCAGGUGAAACAUAGCCCAGCCACCUGCCUUUCCUGCACAUUUAUUGGUCAGGUUACAACUACCAUGUAAAUGUGUUUAAGAUAAAAUACAAAAUUGAUUUUACCUGCUCAAAAUUCAUAAUUACAAAGCACUAAAAUCUGUAAAAUCCAUACUGUACUUGCUUUAAGAUUUAGAAAUAACUCCAAAAAAUGAGUCUUCUAUUUUAUGACAGGAAGGUCUUUUUUCAUUGUAAUAAUUCAUGUUGAUCUACACAUUUUUAACUGUGUUUAAAGCCUGAGUCUUUUUUAAUUAAAAAAAAUUAAAGAACUAUAGUUAAUGAUUUGGAGCUUAGAACUAUUUAAAGUUGAUACUGAAACACCACGUGCAUUAGCGCAGCUCCAGUCAUUGUGACAGUCCCCGGGAGUUUUUUCUGCCGCACUUCCCACCAUCACCGUGGGCUUGGAUCAGCUGCAAGUCUUGCCCCUCCAAUGAGUUCUACUCACUGUUCUCUCAGUCCUUUGAAGGUGACUUUGAAAUGUGACUUUGAAAAGCUCAAUUUGUCCAAUUGCCAAAUUUACCAUUCUAAAAGGUUCUAAGGAUAGCAAGUGUGAUCAAUUUACAAUAUGAACCACUGUGCUUAAAAUAUAAGGGGUAUUGACUGGGUAACGAGUUCUUAACACCACGUAUCUUUUAUGAAACAAGCCAAAGUACUUGCUUCAAAAUUUAGAGAAUAUAGUGAAAAACUUAAAAAUUAAAUGUUAAAAGAGCCCAUCGUUUUAGACUUCAAUAAUCCUUCCUUAUGCCAUCAAAAUGCAUGUUAGAAAAAAAUAACAACUUUCAUGUAAUGUCAUUUUGAAAUGAAUUACUGCAAUAGCACCAUAUCAAGAACAGGAUAUUGGUGGCCAAGACCACGUCUUGAGACAGGCAUGUUCUGUUUCCCCUGGACUUCAUGCUCUGGCCCCAGUAAUGACACCCCUGUGCACUCUUACAGUAAGGACUAAUGGAGGAGCCUGUUGGUGUUAAAUUGUUUACAUUUUUUUAUAUAAAUAAUGUGCUUUCAGUGCCUUAGUUUGGGUUUCUUUCUUUUUUUUUAAUUCCAAGAAUUCUGCAAUGCAUUUCUUAGGUAAAGCCUCUUCCAGUGGGAGGAAAGGGUCUGUAAGUACCAGUCACUGAGUGUAACGCCACUCAGUCACAUGUGGGGAAGAGCACUCAGUGCUGAGGCGUGGUGGCCCUACAGUAGUUUUCGUGCUGUAGAAGAUGAAAGUGGUUCUGCCACAUGAUGAGCUUUGGUUGAGGUCUGGCCCUAAAGUUGUCUUGUCCCUCCCUAAAAUUUUUAUUUCAGAAGAGAAUCUUGAUUUUAGUAAUUCAUUUUUUAAAAAUAUCCUUAUGUGAAAAACACCAAGUUUUAAAAAUAACUCACAGAAUGGCCUUAGUUUUUAAUGUCUACUGGUGUGUUUUGUGAGUCGUGUUAUCUGUGAUCCACAUCCAGAAUAAAGUGGUAUACGUGAAAUAGAGUUUA